AUGACCGAGCAGAACGGUUCCGCCCCAGCAGCACCCGCUACCACAGCGACAAAGGAUGAGCUCACCAGCAAGGACUACUACUUCGACUCGUAUGCUCACUUUGGAAUCCACGAGGAGAUGCUGAAGGAUGAGGUCCGCACGACAACCUACCGCAACUCGAUCUACCACAACCAGCACUUGUUCAAGGACAAGGUUGUGAUGGACGUCGGAUCAGGAACCGGGAUUCUCUCGAUGUUCGCCGCGAAAGCUGGAGCCAAGAAGGUCUUUGCGAUGGAGUUCUCUAACAUGGCUUUGACUUCCCGGCAGAUCAUCAAGGAUAAUAACCUCGAUCACAUCAUCGAGGUUAUCCAAGCGAAGGUUGAGGACGUCACAGAGUUGCCAGGAGGAUAUGAGAAGGUUGAUAUCAUCAUCUCAGAGUGGAUGGGAUACUGUCUUUUCUACGAGUCCAUGCUCAACACUGUGCUCCACGCUCGUGACAAGUGGCUUGCCGAAGGAGGAAGCUUGUUCCCAGACAAGGCAAAGCUCUUCAUCUGUGCCAUCGAGGAUCGUCAAUACAAGGAUGACAAGAUCCACUGGUGGGAUUCCGUCUACGGAUUCAACAUGACCGCCAUCAAGAACGUUGCUGUUCGGGAGCCACUCGUUGAUGUUGUAGAGAACGGACAAGUAACCACUAACAACUGCCUCAUCAAGGAAAUCGAUCUCUAUACGGUCACAGUAGACGACCUCUCCUUCAGCUCCCCAUUCCAGUUGAAGUGCAAACGCAACGAUUACGUUCAAGCUUUCGUUACCUUCUUCACUGUGGAGUUCUCCAAGUGUCACAAGAGGACAGGAUUCUCCACUGGACCAGAUGUGCAGUACACUCAUUGGAAGCAGACCGUCUUCUACCUCAAGGAUGCCCUUACCGUCAAGACUGGAGAGUUGAUCAACGGAAACUUCGAGAUGGCACCAAACCAGAAAAACAACCGUGAUCUCGACAUCAACAUCAAAUUCGACUUCAAGGGAGAAGUAUGCGAGCUGGAAGAGGAUAACACCUACAGCAUGCAUUAA